AUGGAGGAAAUUACUAAGGAAAGUAUUAUUCAAAAAUUACUUGAAGAAAAAUCUUUACUUGUUGACCAGUUAAAACAAACCCACCAAGAAUUAAAUCAAUCACAAACACAUUAUUUUAUGGAUCGUGAAAAAUUUAAUGUAUUAUAUAAUUCUCAACAAUCGAUUAUUCAACAAUUAAAACAAAACGAAAUAAAUAAUCUCCAAAAAAUUGAGACUUUGUCACAAGAAAUAGCAAAACUUCAUGUCCAAAAUGCAAUUAAAGAAACUGAACCUCCUAAACAAAUACAUAUUCAAAAUAGUGUUGCUGUUGAUGGAAUUUUGAAGUUAGUCCCAGAAAAUAAAAGAAUGGAAGCAUCAAUUUUACUAGAUGAGUUUAAUAAAUUCAAUGAAAAUGAACAUAUUCUUUUUGUUCAAUACUUAAAACAAGAAUUAGAAGAAGAAGGAAUUAAUGUAUUCUCUAAAGAAGAAAGAAUUAAUCAACUCAAAGAAAGAAUUGAGCAAAUAAAAGAAGAAGCUAUCAAUGAACUAAAAAGAUGUGAUGAAAAAAUUAUUAAAAAAAAUGAAACAAUAGAGUUAUUGAAAAGAGAAAAUGAAGAACUUGAAAAUGCACUUGUGAAACAAAAAGGUAAUGACAAUGAUACUUUUAAAAUUAAUUUACCAUUUAAACAAGAAAUAAUAAGAGAAAAUGAAGAAUUGACAGAAAAAUUGGCAAAUACUCAAAUUGAAUUAGAUAGUCUUAAAAAGAAAAAGAAUGAAGAACUUAAAAAAUCAUCAGAAUCAUCAGAUUGGGAUGAAAUGAAAAAGAAAGUUGAAAAGAUGUAUGAACUUCAACAAGAAAACAGCCAACUCAAAUUACAACUCAGCAAUGAUGCUCUUUUCAAUAAUAGUAGAACUGAAAUCAAAUUAUCUGAAAUGAAAAGACAACUUAAUGUAAGUGAAGAAUUAAAUGAAAAAAGAAAAGAAGAAAUUACUAGACUUCAAAAAGAAAAUGAAGAUUUGGAAAAUAAACAACAACAACUUAUUAAAGACUCAAAUUAUUAUCAGUCUGUUGUUGUUUCUGCUAAACAAGAAACUGAACAUUGGAAAUCUAUGUGGCAAGAACUUCAAGGAGAAUUUAAAAUAUCAACAAUUGCAAAAGUUGACUUGGAAAAUCAAUUAGAAUCAUUGAAAAGUACAAACAAUGUAUUAGAACAAAAGAUAAAAGCUUUUGAAGGAAAAUUUGAUCCAAUUUCAACAAAUAUAGACCUUGUUAAAGAAAAAGAAGAUACUAUUGAAAUGUUAACAAUUGAAAAACAAUGUCUUCAAAAGAGAGUUGAGUGCUUAGAAAAGGAACAAACUGAAAAUAUUGCAAAACAAAAUCAACUUGUUCAAAUUAUUUGGAAAAAUAAAGAAAAAGUUGAUUGUGUAGAUGAAACAACUUCUAGUUUACAAAAAAAAAUUGGAGAGUUAUUAUUUGAUUUAAAAAAAGAAGAAGAACAACGAAAAAUAUUAGAAAAAAGUGAAAAACAAUAUAAAAAUGAAAUUGAAGAAUUAAAAAAAGAGGUUACAACAAAACAACUUGAAUUGCAAGAAAUAACUGAUUCAAAAGAACAAGAGGUACAAUCAAUUAAAAGUGAAUAUGAAAGUAUUAAAUUAGAAAAAGAAAAAAAAGAAAUUCAAAUUCAAGAAAUCCAAAAGAAUGUUGAAGAAUUAACAAAGAUAAAGAAAGAAAAAGAAGAGAGUGAUAUUUUAUUAAGGAGUAUUAAAAAUAAACUCAAAGAAUUAAAAAUAGAAAUUAAAAGUAAUGAAGAAAUAAAUAUUGGUCUUCAGGCAUUAAUUGAAGCACAAAAAGGAUUUGAAGAAAAACAAAUUGAUCUAAAACGAAAAGAAUCACUCUUUAAACAACAAAUAGAAGAACAAAAUAUGAACUUAACUAAACUUGAAGGAAUUAUUGGAAAUGUUAUUCAUCAACAAGGAAUUGAUGAAACAAGUAAAAACAUUAUAUUAUAUUUACAACAAGAAAAUAAUAGAUUACAUCAACUCAUUUCAUUAAAUGAUUCUCAAAAUAAAUUCAUUAAAUCAAAUGAGCAAGAAGAUAAAUUAAAGAUUGAAAUUGAAUAUCUUAAGGAAAAGAUUCAAAUUGAACAAGCAGAAAAUGAUGAAUGGAAGAAAAGAAUGGAAGAAUUAUAUAAUAAAAAAGAUGUUGUUCCAAAAAGUCAAUUAGUAAUCAAAGAAAAAGAAAUUGAAACCCAAAAACAAAUUAUUGAAAAAAUGCAAAAUGCAAAUAAAGAAAAUGAACAAAAAAUAAGUAACCUUAAGACAGAUAUUAAUAAUCAACUCAAAAAGUAUCAAUCUGAAAUACAAGAACACCAACAGAAACAAAAACAAAUGGAAGAAGAAAUUAAUAAUAAAACACAAAAAUGGAAGAUUGAAAAAGAGAAAUUACAAGAAGAAUUAAAUGAAACUCGAUCACAACUUCAAAAAAGAAAAGACCCUUUCAAAGAAAGUCCAGAUGCAAUUGAUGCAUUCAAAAAUAGACUCACAAACAGAAAUACACAAAAUCCAAUUGAACGAUUUGCUCAAGAACAAAAACAACCUGUGAUUACUACUACUCAAUUUAGUAAUAUUUUCAAUGAAACAACCCAAAAGAAAGAAGAAACAACAUCUAACACUGAUAAUUUGUCUAAAGUUGAACCUUUAACAACUCUUAAAUUAAAUCAAAACGAACAACAAACUCAAAAAGUUGAUGAAAAUAAGAACACUAAUGAUGAAACAGUUAAUACAAGUGAUGAAAAUGAACAUAGUAUGGAACAAGUUGAUAGUAAUGAAAGUGGUAGUGAAGAACAAAGCCAAAUGGGAAAUGAUGAUAUAAAACCUACACCUCAAUUAAAUUUAAAUGUAUUUGAUAUGCCUAAACAUGAAGAUAAAGAUAACCCACUCCUCAAACUCCAACAACUUUCUAAUUCUCAACCACAACCAACUCAAGAAACAAAAUCAAACACAUCUUUUACUUCCUUGUUUAGUAUUCCAAAAACUGAUUUUAGUUCAUUCUUAUCUUCUGAUACAAAGCCACAAGACAAUAAUGCUUUUUCAAAGUUUGUAUUUAAUAAUCCUCCACAAAGCCAAACAAAUAAUACACAAGAAAUUUCUACUAUUAAAGACUCCAUUAUUUCUAGCACUCAACAAAAAGUAGACCAAAUUGGUUUAAAGAGUGACGAGCUUUUCCCAUUUGGGGAUACUUUAACAACAAAAAAUGAUUCAGAACCAUCACACCCUCCACAAAUAGACUUCCAAAUUGGUUCUUGUUUACGUGUGAAACAAUUCUCACUUCCAAAUCCUGUAUUAAAUAAAGAAAAGGCUCAACAAAUACAAACCCAAAACAAAGAACAAGAACAACAAAAACGAUUAGAAAAUCUCAAAGCUAACACAGCCAAUAAUAAAAGAAAUGGUCUCAACUUACCACCAUCGUUUCACUAA